GAUCGUUUGCUCGUUGACUCCCGCGCCAUGGUCGACAUCCCAUCCAAAGCGUCUACAGCUGGCGUAAGUCGAUUGCGGCGGGCAUAUCACCCCAAGGUUAAGACGGGCUGUCACACUUGCAGGAUUCGCAGAGUAAAGUGCGACGAAGGCAAACCUGUCUGUUUGCGCUGUACCUCCACCGGCCGCACAUGUGAUGGGUACACUCUUCCUCCAUCCUCAUCCUAUUCAUCGUCAACCUCCACAUCACCUUCCCCUCAAUCCUCCGACUCCUACAGCGCUACUGCCGAUCUCAAGCUCAUCCUGCCACGCCAGAGCCCCGAAGAGGUGCGCAGCUACCGUUUCUUCCUAGAAAUCACGGCGCCAUCCCUCGCUGGGGCUUUCUACGCCGACUUCUGGCUCGCCGAGGUACCGCGCGUAUGCAUGUCCGACGCGGCCAUCUGGCACGCCGUUGUCAGCCUCGGUUCUGCCCACGAGGACUUUGCACAGCGUAGCCAAGGAUCGCGGAGCGUGUUCGCUCUGAAGCAGUUUAAUUCGGCCAUUCGUUGUCUCACCGAGUCAAAGUCGCCGAGACAUGCAGAUCGGUGGAGAGCGCUUAUUGUCAGCACUAUCUUUACGUAUGUAUGCACAAUCAAAGGACUUCACGAUCAGACACGGAUACAUCUGCAGGCUGGAUGCAAUCUCCUCCGCGAACUUAAGGGUCUCGCCACGAAAGGGAGGACAACCUUGAAUCAGGAACAGCUCCCGGAGGUUGCCCAAGAGGAGAGCUGGAUCUCGUCAGUUCCGGUAUCGAUUGCACCGAUACAGUCCAUUCUGGUCACCCUUGAGCUGCAGUUAGAAGCACUUGACCAUGGCGGUAUAACUGAGAGUCCGACUCUGCUCUUGCAAAACAAGACACUUAAUACAUGGCGCUACUAUACAGCACCACGGCCUUCGCACCGCCCGAUGCCAGAAAGUAUUAAUCAAGCCUACUGCGCUGCUGAGUCUCUCUUCAGCGGACUGAUCCUAUUCUCGCAAGAACAUGCCAAGCAGCUCGGGGAUCUUCAGACGGGCAAGUCCGGACCAGCAGGACUGUCAAUGCUGGUCGCGCGACAGGAAGCACAUACGCGAUGUUACAACGAAAUAAGGAAAGCAAUUAAUAUCUUCCAACACGAGGUAGACGCAAUGAAACGGGAGCCGCAUGCCAUACUCCCCUUGCACCUCUUCCAGAGCGCCAAUCGCCUCCUCCUGAUUCAGGACCCCGAGGAACAUGACUUGGUCAAGCGUCAAAAUGACCUCCCCGCCUUGUACAAGUCUAUAGUCGACCUCGCCGAGCAGAUCAUGAACCUCGAUCCUGUGAAGACCCGCCGGGUAUCCUAUACACAGCACCUCUUCCUCGUCGCCCACAGUGGUAUCGGACAGUCAACCCGCCGCCGUGCUGUGACCCUGCUCAGGCACCCGCGGCUGGAGGGUGGCUGGGACAGUCUCAUCUCUGCAAGUCUCGCAGAGGCGAUCAUGGACAGGGAGAAGGAGGCGGUGUGUGAAUACUGGCUGGAGCAAGGCUUGGAUGCUGGGACUGCAGGAGGCGAAGGGAAGGAAGGGCAGAAAGAGGAGGAGGAGGAGGUUGACCCAAUGUUUCGCAUAUUUAACAUCACAUUUGCGUUUACAGGACAGAGAGAGGCUCGUGCCGUGCUGCGGACGUGGCGGGAGAAACUCGACGAUGUUGCUGGGCGGAGCAGGGUUAUACGAUGGUAA